AUGGUAAUCGGGGUGAUGUGGCAAGACUGCUGCAGCCGUGAUCGGAGGAGGAAGGUGUCAGGGAGAUCUAGGGAGUCAGUCCCAUGGGACCAAACUCAAAUCUCCUGUCUCCCUGUAGCCCUGGUCGUGGCGGCUGUGCCCAUGGUGCUGGGAGCCAUGGGCUUCACAGGGGCUGGAAUCGCCGCCUCCUCCAUCGCGGCCAAGAUGAUGUCAGCGGCCGCCGUGGCCAGUGUGGGUGGAGUUGCUGCUGGCAGCCUGGUGGCCACCCUCCAGUCCGUGGGGGCAGCUGGACUUUCCACAUCAUCCAACAUCCUCCUCGGCUCUGCUGGGUCAGCAACUGGGGCAUGGCUGUGGGGUUCAAAAAAGAAGGCCCCUUCACCACCAGGAUCCAGUACUCAACAAGAGAGUGGUUCCUGUGCUGGAGAUGACCCUGCAGGGCCUCAGGAUGUCAGUCCCCCAAAUGACAAGCCCUCUGCCUCCCAAAAUUCUUCAAAGAAUCAUAAGAAGUAAAAACAAGAUGCUGUGACUUUUCAUGAGUGUCCCUACUGGGUUCUUAUUUAUCAGACAGAGUGCAGGGCAUCUGUAUAGCCAUGGGAGAUGGGAUAU